CGUUGAACCGGCCAGAAACAAUUCGACCAUUUCGGACUCUCCGUGACGGUCGACUUCCGCCGUCGGUUUACGCAACAGACAGAUAAUUCGUCGGCCCUAAUAAACGUUUCGUUUCGGAGCAAGACCUUUCAACGAGGAGAAAUGUUGCGCGUCGUAGCGACACGCGUGGCCUCGGCGGCGCGUACGGCGAUGGUGUCACGGGCUGCUGUCGUCGGCACGCAGUGCACCAGAGCAGCCCACGGCGGUCCAAAGGAAACCGACGAGGAGUUCGAUCAGCGAUAUGUGAAUUUCUUCAAUCGCAACGAUAUCGAUCACUGGGAAAUCCGGAAAGCCAUGAACGAUCUGGCUGGUAUGGAUCUUGUACCAGAACCAAAGAUCAUAUGUGCAGCGUUAAGGGCUUGUAGAAGAUUAAAUGACUACGCGCUUGCAGUAAGGUUCCUAGAGUGUGUAAAAGAUAAAGGUGGGCCACAUGCCGGCAAGAUCUAUCCUUAUAUUCUCCAAGAGAUUAGGCCCACCUUAGAAGAACUGGGUAUCAGCACACCUGAGGAGUUAGGAUAUGACAAGCCAGAAUUAGCCUAUGAAUCGGUGUAUCAUAUGUAAUGGACUACAAAUUAUACUGUGUAAAUUCUAGUAUUUAUAUAUUUUUAGCUGCUGACUCAGAUGCAAACAAAGAGAUGUUAAUUUGUCAGUAAAACCAAACUACACAUGUAUCUGCAUUUUAUCAGCAGCAUUGUUGAAUAAACAACCACAAUUAUAA